UUUAACGUAACAGAAGAGCGUGUUUCUUUUCUUUUUGUGACGUUAUAAAAUCUUUUUCUAAAAUUACUCUGCGUCAAAAUUCGUUGGCCAGAAAAUUUUACCAACAAAGACUUUGAUAAGAUAUAAACUGACAAAUUCCAACUUUACUCAAAAAAGUGAUGUCGAGUUAUCCUACUAAAGAAAAGGCUCCGCCUGGAAGCUACAAUUUAGGCUAUAGUCAGCCAAAUCCACCUUACGGGCAGCCUCCGCAUCAACAGCCCGCAACAUUCCAGAACACUGGAAACUUUCUGAAUACGAAUGUGAAUGUGUUGGUGUAUGGGGUUGUUCCGAGUCGGGACAGUAACACGGCAACAAUCCAGUGUCCCAACUGCAGAACCACAAUCCCUAUAAGCGUCAACAAGGAGAAAGGUAUGGGUACCAGGUUGAUUGCGGGAGUUUUGCUUCUCGUGUUCUGCUGCGGCGGAUAUCGUCUCCUUACCCUCUGCAUUGAUCUGUGGAAAGACGCCGUAUAUUCUCGUCUUCCGAAUUGGAGGUAUAAGGAUGUUCUGUCUGAUCUGGUUGUAAGGGUUUGGGGCUAUGUUAAGUCUCUGUCUGAUUUCAUUCCUCGAGGACUCAUGUCAAGAUUCCUGUCUGAUCCCAGUCCUCGAGGACUCAUGCCAAGAUUCCCGUGACACACGGGUCCAAAAUAACACACACAUUGGAACCAAAUCCAUGUGCUAAG